AUGGGGGAGUUAGUUGAUCCUUCUUCUACCAAUCAAAACGUUCGGCAAAAUGGGAAAAAAUCUAAUAGAAUUGAUGAUAGGCCUGCCAAAAAACUAAAAAUCUUUAACUUUUUGCGUGAUAGAUUUCGCCGACACAGAAACUCAUCUACAUUUUCACCCCCCAAGGAUGCCCUUUCUGAUUCAAACGCGGCUGCACAUCACGAUUUCGUCAAUAUUGAUCCCACCUUUCACCAUCGUACCUUAGACGGCAUUGGGAUUCACCUGGAGACAGUUGCCCCACAUGAUUAUAUUGAGCUGAAUUCAAAACCUUGGUAUUGGGGUCCGUUGAGUCGCCGAGAGGCUACCCUUAUCUUAAUGGACAAGCCAUAUGGGUCGUUCUUGGUCAGAGAUAGCGAAAGGGACUCAUCUCGCUUUACACUCACUUUCCGAGGGGCAGACGAACAGAUAUUCAAUAACAGAAUAUCCUUUGAGAACCAAAAAUAUGCUUUCUUGAAGGGUGAGGCGUAUGAUUCUAUCUCAGACCUGAUUGAUAGUGCUGUUUUGAAAUCACGUGACGGACCUUAUUGUCUCUCGCGGUUGACGGAAGCACCUAUUUCUCCAUCAAUCGAAGAGGAAAACACUCAAAUCGGCUUAGAUGCGAACCAAUCCCGUUGCAUUACGACAAAAUCUGGCGAAAAGGAUAUUUUAUCUACCAGGGCAGAAGGUGUGACUCGAAUUCAACUAGAAAAUAGUGGCGAAUUUCCUAACGGAGCUAAGGAGAAUGAGAUUAGCAAUCUCGAGACCGGCGAUGCUCUUAAUUUUGAGUCUAACAAGGCUCGGUCCAGGAAUGAAGUUCGUCUUCUUUUUCCUGUGAGCCGUUUUUCCGAAGUACAUUCCUUAAGCUUUCUGUGCCGAUUUUCCUUUCGCCAUAAUCUCACACUUUAUAACAACAGGAAAUCCCCUCUUCAUUUUCCUUCUACGUAG